AUGUCUCAGGCUGAGUUUGACAAAACUGCUGAGGAUGCUAAGCACCUCAAGACCGAGCCAGCAGAUGAUGAGAUGCUGUUCACCUACAGCCGCUAUGAACAAGGAACUGUGGGUGACACAAACACAGAGCAGCCUAGGCUGCUGGAUUUCAAAGGCAAGGCCAAGUGGGAUGCCUGGAAUCAGCUGAAAGGAACUUCCAGGGAAGAUGCCAUGAAAGCUUCCAACAACAAAGUAGAAGAUCUAAAGAAAAAGUAUGGGGCACCUGGGUGGCUCAGGUCAUGA